GGCGCCAUAGGUAUCCUCCGCUUUGGACGAAGGACGAUUCUUCUGGCAGGCUUCGCUGGCAUGGCGUCUGCUUACCUGAUCUGGACUGUUCUUUCAUCCAUCAACCAGCAACGCAACUUUGAGGAUGGUAGCCUGGGCAUCGGAGUUGUCGCAAUGAUCUUCGUCUUCCAGCUCUUCUACAAUCUCAGUAUCGGCCCGGUCCUGCCCACAUACAUCCUCGAGACCAUGCCUUAUACACUUCGUGCCAAGGGCUACACCAUUGAGCAAAUCUUCACCUAUGGCACUGGUCUCUUCAACGGCUUCGCUAACCCUGUCGCUAUGGAAGCCCUCGAGUGGAAGUACUACAUUGUUUGGAUCGUCAUGCUCUGCGUCUGGCUGGUUCUCGUUUAUUUCUUGUUCCCCGAAACUGCUGGUCGAACCCUUGAGGAAGUCAGCCAGAUUUUCGAUGGAGACCACGUCAACGUCACUGCCACUGCUCACAUGAACGCUAAAGCAGGCCCGAGUGAGGAUGUCAUUGAGACUGUCUAA